UGAAGUAGUAACCUUAUACGGAACCAGACGCCUCUACUACGUAAUGUUAGUAGGUAUAGCAUUGGUUGUUGAUUCCGUGAAGCCGUCACACGCGUCGCUCGUUGACACCUUUUUCAGUUCAUUAGCUUUUUCUCCGUAUAUGCGAAGUCAAAUUUACUAGAACAUGUUUAACACACGGGUUUUGGUGGUGUUACUGCUGAGUACUAACAUUUUGGGAGAAGUCAUCGACGAGUUCACAACAGCGCGCCAAGAAAGUUAUGACACAGACAGUAGUGAGAAGCAAGUGGAAGCUCUAAACGGACUUGGAUACCGGCUGAUGACUAAAUAUGUGGAUUGCAAUUCUAAUAACAUUGUGAUGUCUCCAUUGGGUGUUACAGUUUUACUGAGCAUGGCUCUUCUCGGAAGUACAGGAAGAACUUAUGACGAAUUAGCUGAUAUCCUGGGGUUUUCCCGUGAUAUUUUAAAAAACCGCAACCUGCAUGAAAACUUAGGCAGUCUCUUGCAAACCCUGAGCGAGCCAUCAAACUCCAAGACCAUGUUUGCAGCUGCCGUGUUCGUAGACCUCCACAGUGAGCUCCGUGAGAAGUAUCUCAGUUACGUCGGCCGAGUGUAUGGGGCGGGGGCGGAACACGUCGAUUUCUCUGACGGCCGCGCGGCCACAAUGGCGAUCAAUGAUUGGGUGAAAGUGCACACGCACGAUGAGAUAGAACACUUCCUGGGUGAGGACCUCCCGCGGAGCACCAGGGUGGUGUUGGUCAACGCUGUGCACUUCAAAGCGGAAUGGACGAAGCCUUUCAAUCCCAAGUACACGACUAAGAUGACGUUCCAGACUCCAGAAAAGGAGGUUACUACCGAUUUCAUGUUGAACGUGGGACGAUUCCGUUAUGUUUUGUCCAGGGAGGAUGGUGUACAUAUGGUGGCCCUCCCUUACAAAGACAAUGUUACCACAAUGUAUGCUCUCAAACCUUGGUUAACACAUAACUUAAACAUAACAACAGUUCUUAAAAAUCUUAACUAUGCAAAAAUAGAUAAACUAAUCAACAGAAUGGAGGAUGAAGACUGCGUAAUAAGAUUUCCUAAGAUGAAUAUUGAGAAAGAUUUUAAUUUAGAGAAAUAUAUAAAACUUGAAGGAGCACCAACUAUGUUCGAAACAGGCAAUGCAAAUUUCGCUCUCAUGGUUGAAGAUGCAGACAAUGUCACAAAUAAAACUGUCUUGGAUGUGAUGUCAAGGUGGGGAGGGGCCGAUGAUGACAUUAACUUCAAACAACUUAAAGACCUGCUCGAUAAUCUACCUAACCCAGGAAUACAUGUAGAUUCAAUUAAACAAAAAGUGAAAAUUAACAUCGAUGAAUAUGGCACGGAGGCGGUAGCGUCCACGGCCGGCAUAAUGGCGCGCACGGCUGAGCUUUUUUAUGCUGAUUCCCCAUUUUUAAUGUUCAUCAGAAACGAAAAAACAAAGCUAGUCAUAUUUAGUGCGGUUAUAUUUGAUCCCAUUGAUAAAAUAAUGUUGUAAUUAUUAUAAUAUGUAUUUAGUAUUAGUAUAUAUUGUAUUAUAGGUAGCUUGAAAUUAGCAAAGAAACUUGUAAAGCUAUUAUACUUACUAAUUGUAAAUUGACAUUGUAAAGUCAUUAUACUAACUGUAAAUUUACAGAUAUUGUAUCAUUAUUUUAUAUGAUACAGUCACAGACCAUUUAACCUUAAUUUAACCGGCGUAUCCAUUCGCCAAGCUUAAGUCGUGACACUACAUACGAUCGGGCCCCGCCCCUUUUUUUUUGUUAUACCGCCGCCGAGCAUCGAAGCGAAGACUGUCAGUUUGCUCGGAAAUAAAAACAAUAUCAAAACAAUGAUGCCGUAUUGUGAUGUGAAAUGGUGUGGAAAAUGUAGCUCAACGUUCAGUCUAACAAAAGAUAGAAUCACUUUUCACCAAUAAGUCAUUAUUUUUUUAUUAUAAUUUAAUUUGUUAAUUUUCCAAACCAUGUUGUAUAAUACGAAUGCGAAAGAAAGAGCUAGAUAUAUAGAAACUAUUAUCUAGCUCUUUCUUUCGCACUUAAAUCACUAUGUCACAAACAUAUAAUUAACUUCAUCUGCCUUGGCACGUGUAAGGUAGUGACGGACACGUAAGAUAUGAUAAUCGAUCGAUGAAUGUCGCUGUGGUGUGGGCACCCACAGGUGUGUAUGAUCCUGUUGUUGCUUUGCGAUGUGUUUGGCAAAUACUUCGUACUACGACGAACGCUUUAACUACGAAAAGCCAGUUUUUCGUUUUUUAGCUUUUUAUAACCAAUUGGAAAUGUUAUUUUUGGAAUACAAGUUUCUUAGAUUUCGCUAAUUACUAUCAUAUUUUGAAAAUGUGAUGAUGGCGCUAGUGUGCGGGUAUGUAACGCCUUAUGUUUAUAAUUGCAUUUUUAAGAGACUAUGCUAGGUUAUUUAAAAAGGACGUGAAAAGAUUUACUCGGAGUCAUAGUGAAACGUAGGCGAAACGUUGGUUAAAUAUAAAAAAGUAUAAUUCAUCAAAAAUUACUACCCACUUUUAGUUAAAAUGUCUUGUCUCUUUCUGUUAAUGUCAAAUAUUGUAAAGUGCUAUAGGGACAAAACAAUUUGAACUCGAAGUAGGCUAUACUUUUACCCUUAUAUUUUGAAGGUUCGAUUCUUUUUUUAUUACCGGCGACGGUCAAACGUUAAUCCUUUUUGAGAAUGUUUAAACAAAACAAAUUGUCAUAUCAUUUCUCUCAACAAUACUUACUAUAAUGAACUAUAGUAAUAAAGAUCAAAUAAAUAAUAUAUUAUCUUUUCUGUUGCAACAUUAACCCAGGUAUUGUUAGUCAUACAGAUAUAAUUUCCCGAGACCUCCUGUACUCUGUUCGAGAUAAGAUUUUUUUUUUUCACUAAUGGGGGACAUGUGUGUCUUGCCCUUGUGUUGCCCAACACAAGUAAGUUCUCAAAACCUUGUCAAUUUUGACGUAUUUUUGAAUGCUCCAAUGAGAGCUAAGCGACCUUCCCCUGCACCCCACCACAAUUUGGCGAUAGCAUUUUCAUAGGUCAAAUGGUCUGUGAGUAUAGUCAACACAUCAACCUACCCAAAUUCAUUGGAAACUCGCCGCUAUUACCGCGCUGCCAUAGAUAUGCCGAGAUAUGCUGUUGACUGGUACCACCCAACCAGUAUUUUGUAUUUUGAACAGACUUAAAAAAAGAGGAGGUUCUCAAUUCAUUGUAACCUUUUAGACAUAGAUCACUUUGUAAACAAUUUCCCAUAAGACUUCUGUAAAUAAAACAUUGUAUAAUUUUAA